GGAAGUAUCCACCAAACAAAUUUACCUGGAGAGAAAUGUUAGCUGUCACGCAACCUGCUUUCGAUGCCGUUCAGUUAAGUGGUGUAUAUUAGGGUUUAGUUUUCUACGCGGUUUAGUUUAUAGUGUUUACAUAAUCAAGUUUAUCUUGGGAGGUGAAAGUAAAUCCAUAGUCAGCAGGAACGAGCUGACUGCUUUUGACCUGUUGUUUGUCUGAUAAAAAAACACUAAGCUUGUGAUAUUUUGGUGUUACAGCUGCAGCAGGCUGAAAGUGUCAUAUAGUGUUUAUAAUCAACGUGGAUUCAGAGAGUUAAUAAAGUUAAAAACACAAUAUAUUUAGUGCAUUUUGUGUCUCGCCACUAGCUAUGCUGAGCACUAAGCGUUAGUAAACAGCUGCUAAUCAGGUUACAUGGCUAUGUGGAUUAGCUAGCUAACAAGAUUGAGUGAUUAAUUGAUUGAUUGGUUGUCAAUUCAGAUCUAUUUUCAGUCUACGUUACUUUUUAAGGGUUUAUCAUUAGGAAGUGAAUAUGUGUGGUUAGUUGCCUGGUUAUAUAGUCACAAGAGUUAAAAACACUGAGCUGUUGAACCACAGCCUCCCUGUUCAAGGACUAACUCUCAAAUGCACGGCUUACCCAUGCUGCCAGAAAGCAGAAAACGGCAUCAUAGCUGUGAUGCUGAGGAAGAACAACUUCUGCCUCAAGCUAAGAGGUUUCCGGGUCAUCCUAUCUUUUCUGAGCUAGCCCAGGAUGUUUGGGACUUUGAGUCUUCCAGUAGUGAUAGCAGUUGCUUUAGCAGCCCAGAGAAGCUGACAGGAGCUGGCUUCAUCCACGAGUCUGCAAAAAUAAAUGGAAAGCGUGCCCUUGAGGAUUCCUGUAGCCCUAGCACCUCGGGGCAGUUUGGUGAAGAGGUGGCCUUACAGUGCAAAUCUGAUGACUCUUACCAUAAUAUCAACCGCAUCCUUAGAGAAGCUCACUUCAGCAGUCUGAAAACUCGUGGCCAGCCAGGAACAACCUGAUCAACACUGGUUACCCCAAACAUCUGGCAUUUAACGGCACCACACAGGGAAUCUUUUACAUCGGUGGCACAAUGUGGAUCCUUCUUCACUUUGGCUCAGCUGCGUUGGUACCCAUAUUUACAGCACUUAUUCAUUAUCAUCGUCAGGUUUUGUUUUAAAUCUCUAUUUGGGUGCUAUAACAAAAAAAAUCUCAGACAGCAUGCUAUGUGAUUGUUACAUGUAAAUCGCUAUUGCUAAUUCUGGCAUAUAUAUGGUGCUACAUACUAAAUAAUCAAGUCAUACACAGUUAAUGUUAAGUUAGACAGCGUGACAGUGUGAGUUGUUGGUGUACUUUGUAAUGAGUGUUGAGCUAAGUGGAAAUGGUGCACAUAGGAAUUAUUAUUAUUAUUUUUUUUACUUUUUUUCUCUUUCUAAAGACCUCUGGGAUCACACAUGGUUUGGCUAAGCACAUGGGAGCAUUCAGAACGAAUUGAUAAUAAUUUUAUUACCAUUUCUAAUCCAUAUACGUAGUACCUGGGGGUUACAUCUUUUUGUUCCUAUUUGAUUGGUAACAAUUGCGUUAGUUUAGUCAUAUAUAAUAUUUUUAUUUUAAAGCAACUCAGGCCAUUGUGAUCUCUUUCCUGUGUGCCAUGAGGUCAAAUUGCUGGCAGGUUGCUAACUAUAGUACAGAUAUGUGCCACACAAGCAUAUUUUUAUGUUCAGUCGUUUUGUUUCAUUUUGCCCGUUGCUUAGUUCAAACUAUUUAUUUCACUUUUGGAUUUAACUUUAGCACGUCUGUAUUUAAUUAUUGGAUUUUUUUUAAUUCAGGUGUCCUGUAAUGUGCCCUUCUUCUGGCACUUUUAUUAGUGAAGUAAACAAAAUAUUCAGUGACUUUUAAUUGAUGUGUCAGUCUGCGACGACAAUAUCAUUUUAAUUCCCAGAAUAUUUUGCAGAGCCUAAAAACAGUCAUUGGCCUUUUCUGCUGAUGAUUCAGCCAUUUCAUAGGAACACAGGAAGACGCCUUGGUCCAAAAAUAGACUUUUCCUUAAAUAGCGGCUUAGGGCCACAGUACCACCACCUCUUAGUCAUAAGAGGCAUGGGAUGGUUUUAGUAUCUUUCCAUACACCACGAUUUUUCCCCAUGCGAUUCUCAUUCUUCCCUCCAGCUGAAUAACGGACAAUUAUAUCAGAAAGUGCUACAGCUUGAUCAUCCCAGAGGCUGUAGUCUUGUACGUAUGUAGGAUCAUAUUAUGUAUGUGUUCAGAGGACAUGUUUGAGCUUCCAUAUGAACUGUUCAUUUGAGAGUUUGGGUGAGAUAUAACUGAUAACUUGCACUGACGAACUGCAUUACAUCCAUGAGAAGGACCAGCAGUUCUAGGGGGUUGCAGGACAGGUUUUACAAAAUAGUUCACAUGCCUAUACAAUAAAAACAUAACCCUGAGAAUUAUUUUUCCUCUGAUAUUAAAUGCAUGUGAGCACAUGUUUCAAAACUACACAAAUGCUCAACCUUCAUGGCCAUGGACCCGACCUUCAUGCCCAUAUUUCUCAUGCGCUUUUUAUCAACUCAUUCCAGAGGCAAAAACAAAAAAAAACCCCACGAGUAUGCAGUGUUGUAUGUUCUGAAAUGCUUCCUCAUUAAAUCAGAUGCUCUUAAAUGAACAAAUGUUACUUUUAUUUGAACAUGUGGAGUGUGCACUCAAGCAGCAAAACAGACGUUGAAUAUAAUCCUGACAAUAAUCAAGUUUGAUGAAGUGCGUGUUGCUUGUACUGUGUCUCAGGGGAAUUUAUAGAGUGGUGCACGAACCCCAAACUAAGUUUCUGAAUUGUUUUUGAAAGGCUUACAGGGCAAAAAAAAAAAAAGGUUGGAAGUAAGACUAUCAGUUUUGAAAAUAAUAAUAAUCACUUUCAUGUUUUGUAUGUAGAAUUGUACAUAACAUAGCUAACUCAUUUACAAACAGUUAUUUUCUCAAAUGAUCAUCUUACAAUAUCAACAAUAAAAGUUUUUAAAUAACA